AUGGCCCAAUCAUCCAUAUCGCCCCCUCUCCAAUUCUGCGUGGCAGUGAUAGGCGUCGGGCUCGUAGGUAGCGAGUUCGUCUCCCAACUAUGGAGCUUCCCCGCCCCGUCGCCAUUCCGCAUCGUACUACUCGCCACUUCGAGGAACCUCAUCUUCCAACCUGACGGGAUCCCAAAAACAUCUUCAUCGCAGUUGAAAGCAGAGGUAUCUGCCUUAGGCCUUCCUUUUGAUGCUCCCUUCAUCACCCGGGAGUUAUCAGGCCUAGUGAAGCCAGGGCAGAAGGUUGUUAUUGUGGAUAAUACGUCGUCGGAUGAUAUUGCGAGCCUGUAUCCCACCUGGUUGAAACUAGGCAUCGAAGUCAUCACCCCCAACAAGAAAGCGUACUCUGGCUCAUUGAACCUAUACGAGGAUAUCCUUAAAGCGAGCUCCGAAACUGGCGCUCGGUUCUUAAAUGAAUCCACUGUCGGGGCAGGCCUACCGGUGAUCUCGACGUUGAAGGACUUGGUGGCAACGGGGGACAAGGUCACGAAGAUAGAAGGUGUCUUCUCUGGGACGAUGAGCUACAUCUUCAAUCAGUUCUCUACGGGAAGUACAGAGGGACCGAGCUUUUCUUCUGUAGUCAAGGUUGCGCGGGAGAAAGGGUACACAGAACCCAACCCCGCUGAUGAUCUAAACGGGACAGACGUAGCCCGGAAACUGACGAUUCUGUCUCGUCUGAUUCCUUCGCUGCGCCAGCAACUCCCCGCAGGCUUCUCGUCGGUGGAUACCGCUUCUCUCGUCCCAGAAGGAUUAGCCAACGCGGCAUCCGGUGACGUAUUCGUGCAAGACCUCCCCAAAUACGACGAAGAGUUCGAUAAAUUACGACAAGAUGCGGCAAAGGACGGCAGUGUGCUAAGAUUCGUAGGUGUGAUUGAUGUCGAGAAGAAUCUGAUCAAAGCUGGGCUGGAGAGGUAUCCGGUGACGCAUCCAUUCGCCACGUCUCUUGGUGGUUCAGACAAUAUCAUCAUGUUCCAUUCUGAGCGGUACAGUCCCCGACCGUUGAUUAUACAGGGCGCGGGUGCUGGGGCGGCUGUUACUGCCAUGGGUGUUAUGUCUGAUCUUCUGAAGCUUGCAUAUUAG